UCGGGGUGACACUGUUGUGUUUCAAGGGAAAAGUCCCGUCUGCUUUGUUAGAGACUGUCAGGUUGUAGUGCUUCUCAUACUUAAGCUUUUCACUUAUAGCUUUUUAAUAAUAAUUUGUCACUGAAAAAUGUUUUAACAAAUAUAUGAUGACGUAUUAACAUUUAAUUAAUAUUAUUAAAACAUAACGUAAAGUAAGCGCCGGGGAAAGUGUGUCUAGUCGUCCGCGAGCAGGCCGGAAGCGGAAAUCCUUUAUGUUAAUCAUGUUUUAGAUUGUCAGUCUGAGCACAAGCCAGUAAAUGUUAAGUUUGUGCUGCAUCUUGUUCGUUCUGGAUCAGAACGCUGUAGCCAAUAUUGCGGCGUUAAAGAGGGAUGGAGGCGACGGUGGACGUGGUUCCAGGUCCGAUAAAGCUGAGAUCCCUUCGACACAAUGGUAGUUUCACGGUACCGCAGCAGGACCGGCUGGGGAACUGCAGAAGUGUGAAGGACUUUGAGAAACUCAAUCGCAUUGGAGAGGGAACUUAUGGCAUUGUGUACAGAGCUAGAGACAUGAGGAGUGAUGAGAUUGUGGCUUUGAAGAAGGUGCGCAUGGAUAAGGAGAAGGAUGGGAUCCCCAUUAGCAGUCUGCGGGAGAUUACCCUACUAUUGCGGCUGAGACAUCCCAACAUCGUUGAGCUGAAGGAGGUGGUGGUGGGCAAUCACUUGGAAAGUCUCUUCCUGGUGAUGAGUUAUUGUGAACAGGACCUGGCAAGCCUUCUGGAGAACAUGCAGGCACCGUUCUCUGAGGCACAGGUGAAGUGUAUUGUCCUGCAGCUGCUGAGGGGCCUUGCAUAUCUGCAUCAUAAUUUCAUUCUGCACAGGGACUUGAAGGUGUCCAAUCUGUUGAUGACAGAUAAAGGUUGUGUAAAGAUUGCGGACUUUGGCCUGGCACGGGUCUAUGGCAUCCCAUUGAAGCCCAUGACUCCUAGAGUGGUGACACUGUGGUACAGAGCACCAGAGCUAUUGUUAGGCUCUAAGACACAGACGACAGCCGUGGACAUGUGGGCAGUAGGCUGCAUCUUGGCAGAGCUGUUGGCUCAUAAACCUCUGCUACCUGGAAGCUCUGAGAUCCAGCAGGUUGAUCUGAUUGUGCAGCUCUUAGGGACACCAAACGAGAACAUCUGGCCGGGCUUUUCUCGUCUGCCACUGGUUGGACAGUACAGUUUGAGGAAACAACCAUAUAACAACCUGAAGAACAAAUUCACUUGGCUGUCCGAGGCAGGACUGCGACUCCUGAACCUGCUGUUUAUGUUCAACCCCCAGCGCAGGGCCACGGCAAAGGACUCCCUGGAGAGCUCCUACUUCAAGGAGAAACCAUUGCCCUGUGAGCCAGAGCUCAUGCCCACAUUUCCCCAUCAUCGUAAUAAGAGAGCUGCUCCAGCUGCAGAAAAUCAGCUGAAACGUUCUAAGGCAACCCAGGAAGUUGACUCUCCACAAUAUAAGGGGUGUCUUUCCAGCAGUCAGCAAGCUUGGCCCUCCCUUGUAGUCCAAGAUUUCAGAUCAAGACCCAGUCACCAGGGACUAAAGAGCAGUAACAGACCCUCUGAUCAUAGUGCCACUUGUUUCCUUUGUUUCUCUUCUCUGCUAUACUCUCAGCCAACUGACAGGAAGCUUCAAGCUCACGCUUCACAUUUUUGACAUAUCUUGAAAAGGAUUUGACGGAGGUACCGUCACCUGAAACUCCAAAUGCCA